AUGUUGUCGAGUAAGUUGUAAUUAUAUUCUAGAAUAAGUGAUGAUUCUCUUCAAAGCCUAUUAUAUAAUGAAGUCAAAACACUUAUAAUAUUUCUCGCUUUUAAGAGUAGAACUUGCUAUUAAAUGA